AUGAACAUAUUCGAUGAAAAAUAUUAUAAAAAAGUAAGUGACGAUGAAAUGAAUUAUGUAAAGGAAAAACUAAAAAGUAAAAAUGAAAAUAGUUUACAUUACAUAGACCCAAUUUUGGAAAAUAUUUAUAACAAAACAAUAAAAGAACAACAGAUCAAUUUCAGUAACACAAAGGAUGAUAAGAACACAUAUUAUAAAAAGGAAAGUGAUAAAAAGUAUAUAUACGAUAAAAACACAGAUAUAAGAAACUAUGAAGACCAUAUUUCGAAAAAAAAAAAAAGAGCAUUCACUUUAGGUGCUAUAGACGGAAUAGGUGGUAUUAGUAUACUAAAUGCUCCUUUAAUAAACCCAGAAAAUGCAAGGAUAGAUCCUCCUAUUUUACAAUUACCAUCAGCAACAAAUUUGAUAAAAAAUGUGCACGUAAGAGUAAAUUUUGAUAAAAAUAUUGACAAGUCAUAUAAAUAUAGAACUCAAAAUAGUAAUAAGGAUAUUAUGAAAAAUAUGAAACCUUUAUAUUCGCUUCCUGAAAAGGUUAUGACUUAUUACAUGUAUGAUAAUUCUAAAGGGGAAGCAGAUAAAUGGAGUUCCACAAAAAGCAAAAAAAAAUGGGAAAGUACAAAAAAUCGUUGUAAUAAUUUGGAUAGGCAAAAAUGGAAGCAUAAAGUGGACAACCUAAAGGAUGUAGUAAAGGAUGAAUCAGAGGGAAGAACAGCGGACGGAGAAAAACAGGAGGGGAAGAUGGAAGAAGAGGAAGGAGAGGUGAAAGAAGAAGAGGAAGAUAUGAUGGGAGAAGGAAAAAGCAAAGCUAUAGGAGAAGCAGAAGUAGAAGCUGUGCUAGUACUGGAGGAUAGGCUAAGGAACAAGGAAAAAAAAAACCCAUCUAGAAACGAAGAAUUAAUAUGCGCCUUAAAAGACAAGACAGGAAAUAUGUUUUCCGAAGAGAAGAAAAUAAAGAGCUGUGAAAUACCAAACAAUAGUAGUAAUAACAGUGUAUAUAUAAAAGAAAAUAAUACGCCAUUCUCAAAAACCAGUUUGGUAAAAAAGGUUUACCAAAAUAAACAAUUCAACAAUGUAAAUAGUAAUUAUAAGGAAGGCAGUCCUUUCUCAGAAAAUGUUGUUACAUUACAAAAUAAUAAUAAUUAUGACGAACAGUUAGAUAUAAAUAAUGAUCAACUUAAAAUAUUUGAAGCAAAUAAAAUAAUGUCGUCAACGUUAAUUAAUGCCCUUAAAGUAUUAGCUCAUGAUGUUUCCUUUUAA